AUGAGUUCGGAGCAGAGAUCAAUUCCUCGAAGAAAGUUUGUAGGAGCGAGAAGACAGGAUACCUCUUGCGAAACAUCAUGCAAUAAUAGUUCUAUAGUGCACAAGCCGAAAGGUAGGAUCAGCACUCGAGCCAUCAAUCACAUACCUGACGAUAUUCUGAAUGACAAGGAUCUGAACGAAGCUAUAAAGCUAUUGCCACAGAAUUACAACUUUGAAAUACACAAAACUGUCUGGAACAUCAGAAAACAUGGAGCUAAACGAGUAGCGCUUCAAAUGCCCGAGGGUCUUUUGAUGUAUUCACUAAUUAUAAGUGACAUUCUGGAGCAAUUUUGCAAUUGCGAGACUGUUGUUAUGGGUGAUGUUUCCUACGGGGCAUGCUGUAUCGACGACUACACCGCCAGAGCCUUGGACUGUGACUUUAUUGUCCAUUAUGCGCAUUCAUGCCUUGUCCCCAUAGAUGUCACUACGAUCAAAAUCCUUUACGUCUUUGUCACUAUCAGUGUCGAAGAAGACCAUAUAAUAAAGACAUUAAAGAAGAACUUCGCAGUUGGAGCCCGCUUAGCAGUUUUUGGCACAAUUCAAUUCAAUCCGACAAUUCACAGCAUCAGAGAAAAGCUUCUCUCUGAUGAAGCUCAUGUCAUAUAUGUGAUACCACCGCAGAUAAAACCACUAUCCAGGGGCGAGGUCCUGGGGUGUACUUCCGAAAGACUGAACGAAGAACAGUUUGACGCCAUGAUCUACAUUGGCGAUGGAAGAUUCCAUUUGGAAUCGGCGAUGAUCCAUAACCCGGGAAUCCCAGCCUAUAGAUAUGACCCGUACAACCGUAAAUUUACAAGAGAAGGUUACGACCAACGCCGACUCGUCGAGCUAAGAUCAGAUGCCAUAGCGACAGCAGCACAAGGCCAGACUUUCGGACUGAUAUUGGGUGCCCUAGGAAGACAGGGCAAUUUAGCCACCGUCGAAAAACUGGAGGAGAAGUUAACUGCUGCUGGAAAAACAGUUGUCAAGAUAGUAUUGAGUGAGAUCUUCCCUCAAAAACUAGCCAUGUUCGACAACAUAGACGUCUUUGUGCAGGUGGCAUGUCCCAGAUUAUCGAUCGAUUGGGGUUACGCAUUCAGUAAGCCCUUAUUAACGCCGUAUGAAACCAACGUUUUGCUCAAACAAGAUGUUAUGUUCACAGAGAAAUACUAUCCCAUGGACUAUUAUGAAGCGAGCGGUUAUGGUCGCGGGAAGACGCCUACCCAUGCGGUUCGAGAUACUUAA